UAUUCGUUGUACAAACCGGACAAGCAACUUGAUCGUCAUGUUCCAGCAAGCAUGAGGUGAGAUAAUGGAUACAUUAUAGUAGUAACAAAUUAAUAGCCUGUGAUAAUAAUAAAUUCGAAGGGGUAAUCUCUCACGGGAUAAGAUCCAAAAGUCAUGGUAGUGACACAAUGAUAUGGUACUAAAACGGUGAAUGAAAGAAAUGUGCAAGGACAAAAAUAAAUUAUAACCGAGACACAUGCAUAGUUAAUUAUAUUUGAGAAAAAAUUCUGUCGAGUGGAAAGUUGAACUUUGCACGAAGAAUUUAUUACCAUCAGAUCAUAUCAUAUCCGACGACCGAGACCGAGACGGAGGUGAUACUGCAAGAAACACUAGCGCGAUGUCGGAGGAUAACAAAAAAUCAACUGAACCUGCCGAUGCAGAAUUAAACGAGCUAUUGGACAGUGCUCUUGAAGAUUUUAACCAGGUCCAUGAUCAAAAGUCCAAAAAUGACAAUGAGACGGUUGUGCAGCCUGUACAGCCUGAAGCCUCAGACGAGGCAACUGGGGUUGAGGACCAAUGGACGCAAGAUUUUAUCAAACAAGCUGCGGAUCAGUUUGAACGGAAUCUGCAGAACCUCAUACAAAAUGGCGGAGAAGGCGACCUUGGAGCCUCUUUCCAAAAAAUGGCACAAACAGUAGCUAGUGCGAUCACAGGAGGAGAACCUGGAGCUGAAGAUUCGCAUGCCGACUUUCAAUCAGCCAUCUCUCAAGCCCUGAAGGACUUAUCUGAUACGACUCAAAAUUUGCAGAAUCCAGUAUCAGGGUUGGGAGAAGCGGACUUAGCUGCAAUGUUUGGGCGUGCAGGUUUGGAGGAUGAAGCUGGUGAAUUCCCAUCCUUCAUGCAGGGAAUGAUGCAAUCUCUAUUAUCGAAGGAAGUCUUAUAUCCCACUAUGAAAGAACUAGUUGAUAAAUACCCAGCUUGGCUGGAAGAAAAAAAGUCGACUCUACCAGCUGCUGACUUAGAGAGGUACACAGAGCAGUUGAACCUGAUGCAGCAGGUAUGUACCGAACUAGAAAAAGAAACAGCAGAUGAUUCUGAAGAAGUGAAGAAAGCUCGUUUCGAAAAGACGUUGGCACUCAUGAACCGAAUGCAGAAUUGCGGUCAACCACCAGAGGAUCUGGUUGGUGCACCUUCUCUUUUUAAAGUUGACGCUGAGGGAAAUCCUGUUCUUCCCACAGGGGUUGAAGCACCUGAAAACUGUUGUGUUAUGUAAGGCAACUGCAAAGUUCCUUUACUAAAGUAGAAGUUGUCCAGUUAUCCAGAAGAGAAAGACAAAUUACCAACUCUUUAUACUUUUUUGCGACUGUCUGUUAUUAGGAUUCAUACGAAUCAGUCUGUUUUAUAAGCUUUUAACCUUCAGUCACCAGAAUCAUUUUUGUAAAUUUUACAGAUUUGAAUCAGAUUGUAACGUUGAUUUGAUUUUCAAGGUAGUUACCAUUUUCAAAGGUCACCAAUGACUUGUGACGACGUGCUUUAUUUCGAAGUUGUGAUAUUUCUCGUACUUGUGACACUCGGCAUAUUUUUAAAUCAAUAUCAAGCUCCGAAUCGUUCUCAAAUUAAUUACCAACGAUUGGCACCACAAUUUUUUGUUUAUCAGAAUAAAUUAUAUUGCACUAUAUCAGUAGUGGUGAAUUUGACACUAUGGUUGUACACAACUAGAAUGUUAUUCAAUUGAUUUGUUUAUAUCUACUUCAUCAUGUAGCUGUAUGACUGAACGUUAGUCUUCUUCUUAACUUAUUAUCUCCCGAGUUUAGGUUGAAUGUUUCGCACAAUUCGUCCUAUGUAGUGAGUGGCAAUUUCUUUUUCACAUGUAUUAUACACUAGCUGCGUCAUAUGUAUGUUUGUAUAGGUACAUAACAUUAGAAAAAUAAUAACUAAUAUAAAAAUAUCAGCUUAGAAAUGAGACGGUUCCAAUCCCAUUUUUCAAGUUCAUGGAAAAUUCUUUUCAACAUCAUGGCACCUGCAGUUUUGUUCUCAUCCUACUGCAAUAAAGAAUUGUAGAUACUAGGUUUACAGUAAAGUUAUACGAGAAAUGUGAUUUUUGGUAUUGUCCCAUUUCUAUCGUUGAUGUAGAUGUAAUAUAUGAUAGAUAGUAUUUGAAAACAGGUGAAAAGGUUCAAUAAUAAUGCGAUAUUAUGAAUUAAAAAAUGAAACCUUCA